AUGUCUACAAGUUCAUCUACCGAUGCCUCUUCUUCAACAACCUCAACAACACGUCUUACAUUUCCUACAGUUUCAACACCAUCCACUCCUUCUACUACAAGUUCCACUUCUCUGUCUACAAGUUCAUCUACUGCAUCUACCACUGCCUCUUCUUCAACAACCUCAACGACACGUCUUACAUUUCCUACAGCUUCAACACCAUCCACUCCUUCUACUACAAGCUCCACUUCUCUGUCUACAAGUUCAUCUACUGCAUCUACCACUGCUUCUUCUUCGACAACCUCAACAACACGUCUUACAUUCCCUACAGCAUCAACACCGUCCACUCCUUCCACUACAAGCUCCACUACUCUGCCUACAAGUUCAUCUACUUCAUCUAGCACUGCCUCUUCUUCAACAACCUCAACGACACGUCUUACAUUCCCUACAGCAUCAACACCGUCCACUCCUUCCACUACAAGUUCCACUACUCUGUCUACAAGUUCCUCGAGCUCUUCUUCUACUGCUUCUUCUUCAACAACUUCAACUACUGCUUCGUCAACUCCUCUUACGUUUCCUACAGCAUCAACAACAUCAUCUACAACAACUUCAACUACUGCUUCGUCAACACCCAUUACUUUUCCUACAGCAUCAACAACGUCGACACCUUCCACUACAAGCUCCACUACUCAGUCUACAAGUUCAUCUACUUCAUCUAGCACUGCUUCUUCUUCAACAACCUCAACGACACGUCUUACAUUCCCUACAGCAUCAACACCGUCCACUCCUUCCACUACAAGUUCCACUACUCUCAUCAACACCGUCCACUCCUUCCACUACAAGUUCCACUACACUGUCUACAAGUUCCUCGAGCUCAUCUUCUACUGCUUCUUCUUCUUCAACAACUUCAACGACUGCUUCGUCAACUCCUCUUACGUUUCCUACAGCAUCAACAACAUCAUCUCCAACAACUUCGACUACUGCUUCGUCAACACCCCUUACUUUUCCUACAGCAUCAACAACGUCGACUCCUUCCACUACAAGUUCUACUUCUCUGUCUACAAGUUCGUCUACUUCAUCUACCACUCAUCAACACCAUCCACUCCUUCCACUACAAGCUCCACUUCUCUGUCUACAAGUUCCUCGAGCUCAUCUUCUACUGCUUCUUCUUCAACAACUUCAACUACUGCUUCGUCAACUCCUCUUACGUUUCCUACAGCAUCAACAACAUCAUCUACAACAACUUCGACUACUGCUUCGUCAACACCCCUUACUUUUCCUACAGCAUCAACAACGUCGACUCCUUCCACUACAAGCUCCACUUCUCUGUCUACAACAUCAACAACAUCAUCUACAACAACUUCGACUACUGCUUCGUCAACACCCCUUACUUUUCCUACAGCAUCAACAACGUCGACUCCUUCCACUACAAGCUCCACUACUCACUUCAACAACGUCGACUCCUUCCACUACCAGCUCCACUUCUCUGUCUACAAGUUCGUCUACUUCAUCUACCACUGCCUCUUCUUCAACAACCUCAACGACUGCUUCGUCAACACGCAUUACGUUUCCUACAGUUUCAACUACAUCAUCUACAACAGCUUCAACUACUGCUUCGACACCAAAUCUUACUUUUCCUACAGCUUCAACAACGUCGACUCCUUCCACUACCAGCUCCACUUCUCUGUCUACAAGUUCGUCUACUUCAUCUACCACUGCCUCUUCCUCAACAACCUCUACGACUGCUUCGUCAACACGCAUUACGUUUCCUACAGUUUCAACUACGUCAUCCCCAACAGCUUCAACUACUGCCUCGUCAACUCCUCUUACGUUUCCUACAGCAUCAACAACGUCCACUCCUUCCACUACAAGAUCCACUACUCAGUCUACAAGUUCGUCUACUUCAUCUACCACUGUUUCAUCCCCAACAGCUUCAACAACUACUUCGUCAACUCGUCUUACUUUUCCCACGGCAUCAACUAG